AUGAGAACUGACAACCAGAGCUCUUUGGGGGAUCCCCCUGGGGACUUCGUCCUCCUGGGCAUUUCCGACAGGCCAUGGUUGGAGCUCCCUCUGUUCGUGGUCCUCCUGGUUUCUUAUGUUCUGGCCAUGCUGGGAAACAUCUCCAUCAUCCUGGUGUCCCGGCUGGAUCCCCAACUGCACAGCCCCAUGUACAUCUUCCUCAGCCACCUGUCCUUCUUGGACCUCUGCUACACCACCACCACUGUCCCACAGAUGCUGGUCAACAUGGGCAGUGCCAAGAAAACCAUCAGCUACGGUGGCUGCACAGUGCAAUACGCCAUCUUCCACUGGCUGGGCUGCACCGAAUGCGUCAUCUUGGCUGCCAUGGCCCUGGACCGCUACGUGGCCAUCUGUGAGCCUCUCAGGUAUGCCAUCAUCAUGCACCGCCCGCUCUGCCAACAGCUCGUGGCGGUGGCCUGGAUCAGCGGCUUUGGUAACUCCCUCGUCCAAGUCAUCCUGACUGUACAGCUGCCUUUCUGUGGGCGGCGGGUGCUGGAUAACUUCUUCUGCGAGGUGCCGGCCAUGAUCAAGCUGUCGUGUGCCGACACCUCAGUGAACGACGCCACGCUGGCCGGGCUCGUGGCCUUCUUCGUGCUGGUCCCCUUGGCUCUCAUCCUCCUCUCCUACGGCCUCAUUGCUCGGGCUGUGCUCAGGAUCCAGUCCUCCGGGGGACGGCACAAGGCCUUCGGGACUUGCUCUUCCCACCUGCUCGUGGUCUCCCUCUUCUACCUCCCUGCCAUCUACAUGUACCUGCAGCCUCCAUCGAGCUACUCCCAAGAGCAGGGCAAGUUCAUCUCCCUCUUCUACUCCAUCAUCACCCCCACCCUCAACCCCUUCAUCUACACCCUGAGGAAUAAGGAUGUGAAGGGGGCUCUCAGAAGACUCCUGGGAAGGCUCGGUAGGCUCUGUGGAAGGUGA